AUGUCCAAGCGGACGACUCGACCAAAUCUAGUCGAUCUACCCUCUGGGGUCAUCAAAACCAUCUUUCAACUUGAACCAGAAUUGGUUCCAUUGUUCCUUGUCGGUUUAGGGUCCAAAAGCCUUCACAUCACCUCUCGAGCACUAGUCUACGAGAACUUGACUGUUGAUGAUGAUCAACUAUUACUCGAUCCGAUCGCAUCACCUCUGACCUCAACACCAUCUUCAUCAAAGCUGAUGACCAUCUUAUAUGGUCCUCCUGAAUAUGCAGAAUGUGUCAAGACCCUCAUCAUGGUCCCAUCAGCUUUGCCUAGUCGUCUUCAAGCUCAUCAAGAUCGCCGGAAAUCCCAAGGGAUGUUUGAAAUGGAUGAUGCGCUCGCAGAAGAGUCCACAGAACCUUUUGGACCAGACGACGAUCACUCUACUUCAUCAUCUGACUCAUUUCCACGAACUAGAACCACCUCAUCACAUUCACCGACCCGUCACUUUAAGCAAACUUCGUCUCACAAUGACUCUUAUGAGAUCUAUGAUUCAUCAGCAGAGACUGAUCGAAACCUUCUUAACUUAUUGUCCCGACUCGCCAACCUAAGGCAUUUCGAAUGGGCCACUGACCGUUUACCGAUGAGGGAUCUAUGCGUGGAUCUUGGUACACAUUGUCCGAAUUUGGAGCGCUUUACUCUUAACCUUGUCAAUCCUAAAGAGUCUGGUCGAUCUCUUCAUCCUACGGCGACACUCGAUAGCUCAAUCCUAGGCCCAAUCCCCACCGUGGCUACUCAUGACCAUGGUCCACAACUUAACCUUUGGACACGAAGACGGUCACAGACAACCUCUACGCUAGACGAUAUGGAUUCUGAUUCAGGGAAUGGGAUGAUUCAGACUAAGCCCAUUCGAUGGGAUGCGGAUUCGGUUGACAGUUUACCAUCAAAUCUCACGCACCUACAUAUAUCUUCCCUCUCUAGUCUCGGGUCUAAAAACCUAUCAAGGGCUUUUGAGGGCAUGCCAUGGAUCUCAUUGACUGAGUUAAAGUUGAAUAACACACUUUUUGUUGAUGAUGAACUCAUGACAUCUGUUGCAAAGGGUUCCAAACGCAUCAAGGUCAUCAAAAUUGAGAACAUGAGUGGGACUAAGCUGACUGAGCGGGGUAUAGAAGUGCUGUUCAAUAGCCUGGAUGACUUGGAAGAGAUCGAAAUUCUUGAUGUAGAAGGACGGUUUUCAAAGAACGGAUGGUUAAAUUUAGAUGAUUUACCACUAAGUCUCAAAUCCAUCAAGUUUGGAUAUCACGAGAUUGGUUCAUAUCAUAGUUGGACACUAGAGCAUUUAAACCAUCUCACCAGUUUACUUUCUCUUUACCCUAAUAAACUGGAACGACUCUCUAUCCAACGUUUUGUUCCUUAUCCAGCUCUAAUUCCCGGUCGACAUGCGAUGUAUUCAGAGUUAUGUACAGGAAGUAGGACAAGUCCUAAGAAGAUGACUAAGGAACAAAUCAUGGCUAUAGUAGAAGAAGGAAAAAGUUUGAAGGAAUUAGAUAUCGAUUGGUGGUUGAUCAGCGUUGAAGGAUUAGAAGUCAUCGUUAAAGGUUUACCAGAUCUGGUCAAGCUGAGGGUAUUAGUCGAUGCACCUUUCCAACGAAUCAUCGGAUCUGCCGCCUUCGUGCACAGUAAACUGCGAGUCUUGACGGUCUCAAUUCCUCCAGAACACACACCUUCUGUUACCCAAUUAGUUUCACCUACAAAUGGAUCGCCAGUUUCUAACUUCAAAUCUAGCCCAACUUCCCCAUCUGUCUGUACAGAGACAAGCUCAGUAGCAUGUUCUACUGUUGGUUCAUCUCUACCCAUACCGACUGUUCAAUCACCCGUACCUGUUAGAGAUAUCAAGAAAUUCAUUAAACGUGCAGGGCAUUUGAAAGAGAUCAUUUGGACUGGAAGGGGAGGAUUAGGUAGUUGGAAAUUCACUAGGACUUGUGGUAGUGCAGUCAAUGUGAAAGUAGAGUUUGUACCGAUCACAGAAUCCUUACCUACUGAAGCAUUCACAUACGAACCUAAACCAACCCAUCAAAGCACAAGAGGAUCGAGUAUCUCAAGUGCUUCACCAAUCUCAGGUAGAAGGAAUAGUUCAGCUAGUUCUACAUUUGGAUCAUAUGGAUCAUCUAAGAAUGGAAUCAAACGUCGUACAUGUAGUAUUACUCAUCCGAAUGAAAAUGGUAGUAGAAGAAGUUCAGAAGCUAGUUUACAAUCUCUUUCAACUUCUUGGGGUAGUAGUACAUUGAAUUUAAAUAAAUUUGGAAAGAAUUCGAUUGGAUUCCUCGAAGGGAUCCCAGGUACACCUGCUCUUUGUGAAAUCGAAUCAACUGGAAAUUUGAAUGGAAUCGAAGUCAAGAAAGAUGUUCAAGCACUUUCAGUUGAUGAACUUCAUCAUCUUGAUCUUGCUUUUGCUUAA